CCUGCCUAUGGAGGCCAUCGAGAAGAUGGCCAGACUGUGCAUGAGAGACCUGGAUGAGGACGAGGAGGAGGGGACAGAUGAGGAUGACGUGGAGGCUGAUAAUGACUUGCUGGCAGAACUAAAUGAGGUCCUUGGAGGGGAGCAGAAGACGUCACAGCCCCAGCCACCUGUGGCCCAGCUGAAGCCUGCGGCCCCCUGCCCAGGGGUGGAGGCCACCUUGCAGGAGAGAUUGGCUCUCUACCAGACAGCAAUCGAAAGUGCCAGGCAAGCUGGGGACAGUGCCAAGAUACGGCGCUAUGACCGGGGACUUAAGACAUUGGAAAACCUGCUGGCCUCCGUCCAGAAGGGCAAUGCCAUCGACGAGGGGGACAUCCCGCCGCCCGUGGCUGUAGGGAAGGGCCCAGCAUCCACGCCCAGCCACACCCCCGCACCCAUUCAGCUGGUCACUACAAUCCCACCAGCUCCGGAGCCCAGGGUCACCAUGGAAGGGCCACCUCCCACUGCCCCAGCCUUGUCCCUGGGCUCAUCUAAGCUCCAGCUGCCCCCAGGCCCCUGCGGCCCUGGUCCCCUGGCCCAGUUGCAGAGCCGCCAGCGGGAAUACAAGCUGGCUGCCCUCCACGCCAAGCAGCAGGGAGAUACCGCUGCAGCCGCCAGACACUUCCGUGUGGCCAAGAGCUUCGAUGCUGUCUUGGAGGCCCUGAGUCGGGGGGAGCCCGUGGACCUGUCCCGCCUGCCCCCUCCACCUGAUCAGCUGCCCCCAGACCCACUAUCACCACCACCGCAGCCUCCAACUCCUGCCACGGCACCCUCCACGCCAGAGGUUCCCCCACCCCCACGGACCCUGCUGGAGGCGCUGGAGCAACGGAUGGAGCGGUACCACGUGGCCGCAGCCCAGGCCAAGGCCAAGGGGGACCAGCGGAAAGCCCGCAUGCACGAGCGCAUUGUCAAGCAAUACCAAGAUGCCAUCCGAGCCCACAAGGCGGGCCGAGCCGUGGACGUGGCUGAACUACCUGUGCCCCCAGGCUUUCCCCCCAUCCAGGGCCUGGAGGCCACCGAGCCCACCCAGCAGAGCCUGGUGGGGGUCCUAGAGACUGCCAUGAAGCUGGCCAACCAGGACGAAGGCCCAGAGGAUGAAGAGGAUGAGGUGCCUAAGAAGCAGCUAAACAGUCCUGUGGCUCCAACGGCCCAGCCCAAGGCCCCACCCUCAAGGGCUCCCCAGUCAGGAUCAGCCCCAGCAGCCAAAGCAGCCCCCAAAGGCACAUCCACCAGAGCUCAGCAGCAGCUGGCCUUCCUGGAGGGCCGCAAGAAGCAGCUCCUGCAGGCCGCACUGCGAGCCAAGCAAAAGAAUGACGUGGAGGGUGCCAAGAUGCACCUGCGCCAGGCCAAGGGACUGGAGCCCAUGCUGGAGGCCUCGCGCAACGGGCUGCCUGUGGACAUUGCCAAGGUGCCGCCUGCCCCCAUCAACAGGGAUGACUUUGCCCUGGUCCAGCGGCCUGGCCCUGGUCUGUCUCAGGAGGCCAUCCGGCGCUACGGUGAACUCACCAAGCUGAUACGACAGCAGCAUGAGAUGUGCCUGAACCACUCUAACCAAUUCACCCAGCUGGGCAACAUCAUUGAGACCAGCAAGUUUGAGAAGCUGGCAGAGGACUGUAAGCGGAGCAUGGAGACUCUGAAGCAGGCCUUCACCCGGGGUCUCCCGACACCUGUCGCCCGCUUCGAGCAGAGGACCAUCAGCAUCAUCAAGAUCUUCCCCGAUCUCAGCAGCAAUGACAUGCUCCUUUUCAUCGUGAAGGGCAUCAACUUGCCCACGCCUGCAGGGCUGUCCCCCAGCGACCUGGAUGUCUUUGUCCGGUUUGAUUUCCCCUAUCCCAACGUGGAGGAAGCUCAGAAAGACAAGACCAGCGUGAUCAAGAACACAGACUCUCCUGAGUUCAAAGAGCAGUUCAAACUCUGCAUCAACCGCAGCCACCGUGGCUUCCGAAGAGCCAUCCAGACCAAAGGCAUCAAGUUUGAAGUCGUCCACAAGGGAGGGCUAUUCAAGACUGACCGGGUGCUGGGGACAGCGCAGCUGAAGCUGGACACCCUGGACUCAGCGUGUGAGGUCCGGGAGAUCCUUGAGGUUCUAGAUGGUCGUCGGCCCACAGGGGGGCGGCUAGAGGUGAUGGUCAGGAUUCGGGAGCCACUGACAGCCCAGCAAUUGGAGACAACGACCGAGAGGUGGCUGGUCAUAGACCCCGUGCCAGCAGCUGUGCCCACAGUGGCAGGGCCCAGAGGAAAAGCCCCUCCCAUGCCAGCCCCUGCAAGGGAACCAGGUAACAGAUCAGCCCGGCCCCUGCAUAGCCUCAGUGUGCUGGCCUUCGACCAAGAGCGUCUGGAGCGGAAGAUCCUAGCCCUCAGGCAGGCGCGGCGGCCAGUGCCCCCAGAGGUGGCUCAGCAGUACCAGGACAUCGUGCAACGCAGCCAGUGGCAGAGAGCACAGCUGGAACAGGGGGGCUCAGCUGUCCGGAGGGAGUACGCAGCCCAGCUGGAGCGUCAGCUGCAGUUCUACACGGAGGCUGCCCGGCGCCUGGGCAGCGACGGCAGCAGGGUGAGCUGA